UGUGUGAGGGGCAAUACAAAAGAGAGAAGAAGUGAGUUAUAAAUAGUUGAGAAAGAAUAAAAGGGAGGAGUUUUAAAAUAAGGAAGAACUUGGUUAAAGGCAGGACAAAGGUUGAUGUACAUUGUUUUCCCGUCAUGAGAAAAAGGAGAAGUGGCAAUAAAACAGGUCAUUAUCUGUCAGCAGAGAGGGAACAGAGGCUGAGAGAAGUGUCAGAAACCAAGAGUUCAUAGACUAAAUACUUACUAAAGCUGUCAUGCCAACAGGCUUGACUAGUUAUUUUGAUAAAAGAUUUUUGAAUGCAGUGGUUAAAUAGGAAAAGCUAGUGUGACAUUAGUGCUGUUUACUCUGACCACACACCGGGUUCAUCAUGGAACGAGUUUUGACUUUAGUAUUGCUGGGUGCGCUUUCUGCUUUGGGACAAACAGAUCUCCCUAAUGUUGGGAGUGUUGAAGUAAUUAAUCAAACAGAGAUUGAAUUAACUUUCCGUUGGGAUAUAGUUGAUGGCAACAGAAAUUACAAUUAUACACUGACGAGAGAUGGUGUCCAGGGCGAUCCGAUCACUGUAACAGAAGAUGAUGAUGUAGUAAUUCAUAAAGUCCCAUCUCUGUCUCCUGGAACUCAAUACUCCUUUAUACUCUACACUGUGUUUGAGGAGAAUCAGAGCAGUGGAUUUAAUUUCUCUGCUGUAACUGUGCCAUCUAAUGUUGAAGAGGUGGAUUUGGCUACGCAAAAUGACACCGACGUGAUCUUACAAUGGGACAAAAAAACAUACAACUAUACUCUUAAAUGCAACAAUAAUUCAUGUGAAAACAGUAUCACUGCAGAAGGGAAUACGAUUAUGUGUCAUAUAUCAGGUUUGAUUCCUGCAACAAACUACAUCUUCACUGUGUACACAGAGUUUUUUGAUGUGAGAAGUACUGGAUUCAACUACAAUCACACCACAAAUCUAUCUAGUGUAACUGAAGUCAGAGUCGAUCGAUCACUGACACAGUUGACAAUCAAAUGGAAUAAGUUAAACAAAAACGACAUCUACAACUACACCUUGCGUGAUAGUCAUGGAACUGAGAACAAUUUCACUGGAUCUGUUAUGGGUGAUGAGAUUUCACAUAUUUACUCACAGCUUACACCAGGGACGAUACACAGUUUUACUCUCUUCACUGUGGUGAAUGGUGUCAGAAGUAAAGGGUACAGCUUCAAGAACAUCACAACCAUUCCCUGUGAGUCCUUUAACUGGACAGUCACCAACUCUUCGAUAGUUGCUCAAGUGAAUGGUAGCACACGUGUCACAGCUGAAAACAGCACUGGCAAUAGUAAAAAUGACCCUGUAGUGGACAACAGGGUGAAUCUGCAAGAGCUUUAUCCUGGAGCAAUCUACACUGUUUCACUGUGGUAUGAUUUGGACUCAGAGGGACUACUACAGUGCUCACAUCUCCUGACGUUAGAUCCAAAUAGUGUGCUUAAUCUUAAGUGUAAAUAUUUUUCUGGAGGAUAUGGUCUGGCUGUAAUUUGGGAUCAUCCAUAUGGAGUUAUGGAUGUGGUGCAGGUGGACAUUGGUAGUCAAAGUUUCAACCGUAGUUCAAAAGAAUCACCAAGACAAGAGUUUAAAAACCUGCAAGUUGCCCAUUGGUACAAUGUGACAGCAACAUCAUUCUCUGGAGCCAAGAAGAGUAAAAUGGAAUCAUUAAACUGUCAAACUGAUCCAGCAGGCGUUAUAGCAGGUGUUCUUGUGUUUUUCCUGUUGGUCAUCCUUAUUUGUGCUGCAGUCUAUUGGUGGCUUCGAUAUGGUUCUGCAAAGCAAAAUAAAAGCCCCAAACCUCUAGAGGGGUCAAAAGUGACUAAUAAAAGCUACAAACUGAUUCCUGCAGAUAAAUUUCCUGAACAUUUUCGAAACAUGAGUCGUGAUGAGAAUAGAGGUUUCAGUCAGGAAUAUGAGGACUUGAGUUCAGUUGGUAUCGAACAGUCUAGUGUUGCGGCUUAUCUGCCUAAAAACAAGGACAAAAACCGAUUUACAAAUGUUUUACCUUAUGACUCCUCUAGAGUGCAGCUCACAGUAAAUGAUGAGGACGAUUCUGAUUAUAUCAAUGCCAACUACAUGCCUGGAUACGACAAUGCAAGCAAUCAGUACAUCGCUGCUCAAGGUCCGCUGCCAUCCACUGUCAAUGACUUCUGGAGAAUGGUCUGGGAGAAAAGGUCACAGGCCAUCAUCAUGGUAACAAACUGCACUGAGAGUGGAAGGAUCAAGUGUGAGCAGUACUGGCCACUGGACUACACGCCGUGUGUCUAUGGAAACCUGGUUGUGACAGUGAAAUCAGAGAAUAAAGCUUCAAGUUGGACUCUGCGAGAAUUUAGUGUUAAAAAUAAAAGCACCUCUGAAACACGAACAGUGAAGCACUUCCACUUCACAGCGUGGCCGGAUCAUGGUGUUCCCUCUGGCACAGAGGAGCUAAUCCAAUUCAGAGGACUCGUCCGUCAACACAUAGAGAGUUCCUUCUCCGCAGGGCCAACAGUCGUACACUGCAGUGCUGGAGUGGGCCGGACAGGUACGCUGAUCGCACUGGACGUUCUGCUGCAGCAGCUGGACAGAGAAAAGGCAGUGGGCAUUGCAGCGUUUGUCCAGCAAAUGAGAUUCUGCCGGCCACUUAUGGUGCAAACUGAGUCUCAGUACGUGUUCCUGCACCAGUGCAUCAUGGAUUCUCUGCAACCCAAAGGCGUGGCUAAGUCAGAGCCUCUCUAUGAAAACUCAGACAUGAUCUAUGUCAAUGCAAUAGCAUUAAGACAAUAUGAAAAUGGAAGUAAAAUAUGAGCAAAAUUAAAAGAACAUCUUAAAAUGUAACAUUAUUCACAUCUGGUUAGCAAAAUAGUGUUCUUAUAAUAACAACGUACGAUCAAAAACAGUCUUAGAAUUUGUUAGCACAAUCUUGAAAACCACAGUGGUAUAUUUUCAGCAUGACUUUCAAAACAUUAAAUGAAAUAUUUCACACCAUAUGUACAUUUGUUAUUAUAAUUAAUUUAUUUAAAAUAAUAAUAAUAAUAUUAAUAAUAAUACUCCACUGCUAACAGGACUGAAAAAUAGUAGUAUUCUGUGCUUAAGCUAUAAAGCACUAACCCCCGGUUUCACAGACAAGGCUGAGAAGGCAUAUUUUAAAAUAUCUCAGUGCCAUUGUUUUGUCUUAAGAUACACACCAGUAAUGUUUUUUUCUUUUUUCUAAGGCACAUUUAUAAAA